CCCCGGACCCGGCGGGCUCCCGGUUGCCCGGCAACCGCCCGGCCGUCGCUCGGCAACGCGUCGCCGGGCGCGCGCGGGUGAUUGACAGCGCCGGGAGCCGCUCGCGGAGCAGCCCCGGUGGGGCCACGCGGGGGCGGGGCCUCGCGCCGCCAGGCCACGCCCCCCGCGGCUGGGCGCUGCGCGCUCAGAGGCGGGGCAGCGCUUGAUCGGCGUGCGGAGCAUCCAAUAGCGAGCGGGGAGGGCGGGGCGGCGGGGAGCUCGCGCUGUCCCCACCUCCCUCCGCUCGCGAUUGGCCGAGGCGGGCGGGGCGGGCGGGAGCCGCGCUGAGGGAAGCUGCGCUGCGAUUGGCCGCGCGGCCAACGGAGGCGGGCUCGGCUCCGAUUGGCGGCGCCGGCGGUCGCUCGGGGAGGGCGCGCGCGCGAUUGGCCGGGCCGCGCGUGGCGGCGGCAUGGCGGCGGCGGCGGCGGCGCCGGGGGAACCGGCGGCGGCGGCGGCGGCGGAGGUGGCGGCGCCGGGGGAGGCGGUGCUGGUGCUGGGCCCGGCCGGGUCGGGCCGCACGGCGCUGCUGCUGCGGGCGGCGCUGGCGGGCGGCGGCGACGGGCCCCGCGCCGUCUUCCUGGCGCCGCGCGCGCUCCCGCGCCUCCCGCCCGACGCCGACCCGCGCGCGCUGCAGCGGCUGGAGCUGCGGUACCCGGCGUCGCGGCGGGCGCUGGCGCGGGAGCUGGGGGCCCUGGCGGCCCGGCCCCGGCCCCCCCGGCUGCUGCUGCUGGACGGGCUGGAGCGGUACGCGGCGGCGGGGGGGGCGGCGGGGGGGGCCCGCCUGGCCGCCCUGCUGCUGGAGGCCGCCCGGCGCCCCCCCGGCCCCCCCGGCGCCGUGCUGGCCGCCCUGCGCCUGCCCCCCCGCGGCCCCCGCCUGCUGCCCGCCCUGCGCCGCUACUUCGACGCCGAGCGCCGCCUGCGCCCCCCCCGCGCCACCGACACCGGCGGUGACACCAACACCGACACCGACACCGACAGCGACAGCGACACCGACAGCGGUGACGACGGUGGUGACGAGGACGAGGCCCAGGGGGACCCUGCGCGGCACGGUGAUGGUGAUUCUGGUCGUCCUGGUGACGUUGACCCCCGGCGUCCCGGUGACAGGGACCCUGCGCGGCACGGUGACGCUGAUUCCGGACGUUGCGGUGACAGCAACCCCUGAGCAUCGCGGUGACACCGACCCCUGGUUUUCUGGUGACAUGGACCCUGCACAGCGCGGUGACGCUGAUUCUGGACACUGCGGUGACAGCAACCCCUCAGCGUCAUGGUGACGCUGACCCUUGGCGUUCUGGUGACACGGACCCCCGGUGUCCUGGUGACACGGACACUGCACAGCACGGUGACGCUCAUUCCGGAUGUCACGGUGACAGCAACCCCUCAGCGUCACAGUGACACUGACCCUUGGCGUUCUGGUGACACAGACCCCUGGUGUCCUGGUGACACAGACCCUGCACAGCACGGUGACACGGACCCCCGGCAUCCUGGUGACAUGGACCCUGCACAGCACGGUGACGCUGAUUCCGGAUGUCACGGUGACAGCAACCCCUCAGCGUCACAGUGACACUGACCCUUGGCGUUCUGGUGACACGGACCCCUGGUGUCCUGGUGACACGGACCCUGCACAGCACAGUGACACGGACCCCCGGCAUCCUGGUGACAUGGACCCUGCACAGCACGGUGACGCUGAUUCCGGAUGUCACGGUGACAGCAACCCCUCAGCGUCACGGUGACGCUGACCCUUGGCGUUCUGGUGACACGGACCCCCGGUGUCCUGGUGACACAGACCCUGCACAGCACGGUGACACGGACCCCCGGCAUCCUGGUGACAUGGACCCUGCACAGUACGGUGACGCUGAUUCCAGAUGUCACGGUGACGCCAACCCCUGAGCAUCACGGUGACGCUGACCCUUGGCGUUCUGGUGACACGGACCCCUGGUGUCCUGGUGACACAGACCCUACGCAGCACGGUGACACGGACCCCCGGCAUCCUGGUGACAUGGACCCUGCACAGCACGGUGACGCUCAUUCCGGAUGUCACGGUGACGCCAACCCCUGAGCAUCACGGUGACGCUGACCCUUGGCGUUCUGGUGACACGGACCCCUGGUGUCCUGGUGACACAGACCCUGCACAGCACGGUGACACGGACCCCCGGCAUCCUGGUGACAUGGACCCUGCACAGCACGGUGACGCUGAUUCCGGAUGUCACGGUGACAGCAACCCCUCAGCGUCACAGUGACACUGACCCUUGGCGUUCUGGUGACACGGACCCCUGGUGUCCUGGUGACACGGACCCUGCACAGCACAGUGACACGGACCCCCGGCAUCCUGGUGACAUGGACCCUGCACAGCACGGUGACGCUGAUUCCGGAUGUCACGGUGACAGCAACCCCUCAGCGUCACGGUGACGCUGACCCUUGGCGUUCUGGUGACACGGACCCCCGGUGUCCUGGUGACACAGACCCUGCACAGCACGGUGACACGGACCCCCGGCAUCCUGGUGACAUGGACCCUGCACAGUACGGUGACGCUGAUUCCAGAUGUCACGGUGACGCCAACCCCUGAGCAUCACGGUGACGCUGACCCUUGGCGUUCUGGUGACACGGACCCCUGGUGUCCUGGUGACACAGACCCUACGCAGCACGGUGACACGGACCCCCGGCAUCCUGGUGACAUGGACCCUGCACAGCACGGUGACGCUCAUUCCGGAUGUCACGGUGACGCCAACCCCUGAGCAUCACGGUGACGCUGACCCUUGGCGUUCUGGUGACAUGGACCCCUGGUGUCCUGGUGACACGGACCCUACGCAGCAUGGUGACACAGACCCCCGGCAUCCUGGUGACAUGGACCCUGCACAGCACGGUGACGCUGAUUCCGGAUGUCACGGUGACAGCAACCCCUCAGCGUCACAGUGACACUGACCCUUGGCGUUCUGGUGACACAGACCCCCGGUGUCCUGGUGACACAGACCCUGCACAGCACGGUGACACGGACCCCCGGCAUCCUGGUGACAUGGACCCUGCACAGCACGGUGACAUUGACACCCAGCAUCCUGGUGACAGCAACCCCUGAGCAUCGCGGUGACACUGACCCUUGGUGUCCUGGUGACACGGACCCCUGGUGUCUGGGUGACACCAACCCCUGAGUAUCGCGGUGACACGGACCCCUGGUGUCCUGGUGACACGGACCCCCGGCAUCCUGGUGACGUGGACCCUGCACAGCACGGUGAUGCUGAUUCCAGAUGUCACGGUGACACCAACCCCUGAGCGUCGUGGUGACACAGACCCCCGGCAUCCUGGUGACACGGACCCUGCACAGCACGGUGGCACUGUCCCCCCCCAGAUGCCAGGGUGACGCAGACCCUCAGCCGUCGCGGUGACACCGAGUCCAGCAACCGCGGACUCGGGACGUCGGGGUGACGCAGACCCCGUCCCGCAGGGUGACACCCGCCGCAGCCGUCAGGGUGACGGGGCCCGGCGCGACGCAGAUGCCAGGUACGGCGGUGACACCCCCCCACGCUGGGGGGGGGGACGCGGGGGGGACACCGGGGUCCCUCUUGUCACCCCGCGGAGCCGCCUGACUUAAACCACGCCGAUCGCA